AUGACUGACUCCAAGGACCAAGUCACCGUCCAGACGGCCGACACGAUCAACCAGGCGUCGUCGCAGUCCAAGGCUGACUCGGUCGCGGUGAUGAACCCCGCCGCGGGGGAGACCGCCGCGCCGGCGGACAAGGUCGAUGAGGAGAAGAAGGGAUACUUGGCGUAUUUCAAGACCAAGGAGUUCUACAUCACCUUGAUUCUCGGACAACUCCUCGCCAUCGCCAACACCGCCACGGGCACGUUCACCACGCUCCUCGGCGAGCAGGAAUGGGCAAUUCCCACGUUCCAGACACUGCUCAACUACGUGGUGCUGACGAUGAUCUUCACUCCUUACACCAUAUACCGCUACGGAUUCAAGGGCUGGCUCCGCGUGAUCUACACGGACGGCUGGAAGUAUAUCAUCCUCGCCUUCUGCGACGUCCAGGGCAACUACUUCGUCGUGCUGGCCUACCAGUACACCACCAUGCUAAGCGCCCAGCUCAUCAACUUCUGGGCCAUUGUCGUCGUCGUCCUCCUCUCCUUCGUGUUCCUCAAGGUCCGCUACCACAUCACCCAGAUCCUGGGCAUCAUCAUCUGCAUCGGCGGCAUGGGCGUCCUGAUCGCCUCGGACCACAUUACCGGCGUCAACGGCGGCGACGUGUCCAGCGGCCACCAGCUGAAGGGUGACCUGUUCGCUCUGCUCGGCGCUAGCUUCUACGGCCUGACCAACACGGCCGAGGAGUACCUCGUCAGCAAGAAGCCCGUGUACGAGGUGCUGGGCCAGCUGUCGUUCUACGCGUGCAUCAUCGAUGGCGUGCAGAGCGCCAUCUUCGAGCGCAGCAACUACAACAACUCCAACUGGGACGGCAAGGUCGGCGGCUACCUGACCGGCUUCACGCUGUGCCUGACGCUGUUCUACUGCCUGGCACCACUGCUGUUCCGCCUGUCCUCCGCCGCCUUCUUCAAUAUCUCCAUGCUCACCAUGAACUUCUGGGGCGUGUGCAUCGGCAUCAAGGUCUUCCACUACCAUAUCCACUGGAUGUACCCCAUCGCCUUUGUCAUGAUCGUCGUCGGCCAGCUGAUCUACUACCUGGGCCGCAAGGCGCUGGCCGAGGCGCGGAAGCCCUGGCUGGGUCAGAACCAGGAGGCAGGUGUGGCGGGUCUGUUCACCGCGAAGCGCCGCAUCGAGCAUGCCGUCCCGGCCGGUGCGGACCCCCAGGACCACGACCCCGAGCGCCGGCCCGCGGAGAAUACCAGCUCGGUCUGA